AUGGUGACCAAACGAACCACCAGCAGCAGCAUUUUAUUGGCAAUUUUUGUUUGUUUCAUUCCUUCAGUAAAUGCGAUUUUCGAAGACCAAGUUGGAAAAUUCGAUUGGCGUCAACAAUACGUCGGAUGUACCAAACAAGUUCAUUUCGAUCGUUCUAAAUCCUCAAAAUCUGAUCUCAUUUUUGUGGCCACGGAAGCCAACGUUCUGGCAGCUCUCCGGUCAAAUACGGGUAAUAUAGGUGAGAGCAGUUGUUCAUUUGAUAUUAUCUCACGAGAAGAACUUCAAUUCUCCUCAGAUUCUCUUCAAUUUUCACGAGUACUUUCAGCAUGGCGGCAGCUACACGAAGAGAACUCCACAUCUGCACCGAUGUUCGCAGUUCGUUAUAAAAGUAAGAUUUCAAAAAAUUUCUCUAAAGAUUUUCUAUGA